AUGACCCUCAUAAGCAGCGUUGGCCGCUCCCUGGCACAUAUCUACUCCCAAUGCUUCAUUAUCUGCUAUACCUUGAUCCAGGACAUCCUGGUAUACGUCUUUGCUACCAAUGCUCCUCCGCCGUCCAGUCGUAACAAACGAUUACGCCGUCCUCGAGUCGCCAUUAUCGGGUCCGGACUGACUGGCGUUUCAGCUGCGGCUCAUUGUGUUGGCCAUGGGUUCGAUGUGAAAAUAUUCGAGGCUCGGCCCAAAGACAAAGGCCUAGGCGGCAUUUGGAGCAGAGUGAACUCUACGUCUUCUCUGCAAAUUCAUAGUAUCAUGUUCAGAUUCCAUCCUUCAGUCAAGUGGAAAGAUGCGUACCCGAAUCAGCAGCAGAUUAAAGACCAGAUAGUCGAGCUUUGGAAGACUUACCACCUCGAUGACAAGACCGUAUUUGACACCCCUGUUAAAUCGACCAGGAAGAACGACCAAGGAAGAUGGGUUAUCAACGAUGACGAAGAUACCCAUGGCACCUUUGACGGUAUUGUCGCUGCUGUCGGGAGCUGUGGUGAUCCAAAAAUGCCCACCCUUCCGCACCAAGAUAAGUUUACCGGACAAGUGUACCAUUCAUCCGAGCUGGAUGGGUUAGAUGCCAAAGGAAAGCGUAUCGUUGUUGUCGGUGGAGGCGCUAGUGCUGUCGAAGCCUUGGAAUUUGCCGUUAAUGCCGGUGCCGCAAACAUAGAUGUCCUAUCACGGUCGGAUAAAUGGAUUAUACCGCGGAACGUGGUCGUUGACGUCCUCCUUGCCUGCAACAUUUUCGGCCAGGAGACCAUUCUAUCCUUCAUUCCAGAAACUCUGUUGCGCAAGCUCUUUUAUCGCGACUUGGAAGACAUAGCCCCGUCUGGCAAGGGAUUGUUUACCGACACGCCAAUGGUGAACUCAGAUCUUUUUGAACUGAUACGUGCAGGUAAAGCUCGCUGGUUACGCGGAGAUAUCCUCUCUGUCGAAGAGGACGGCAUCUCCUUUAACCACCGGGCUCAAGGUGUUCCUAAAUCCGGACCAGGCCACGAAAUAUUCGUCAAAGCAGACAUUAUUAUAAUGGCAACGGGGUUUAUACGGCCCUCCCUCUCCUUCCUUCCCCAAGAAGUAUUCGAACCCCCUUAUGAUCCACCAAAUUGGUACCUCCAGAUCUUCCCUCCGGCAUACCCUAGCAUCUGCACAAAUAAUAGCACCUUUGUCAAUGCCAUUGGCACGGUAGGGAAUUACCACAUCGGAAUCUACACUCGGCUUCUGCUCAUGUUUUUGAUUGACCCGCUGAGCCGCCCGCGCGAAUACUUGAUGAAAAGAUGGGUUGACAUGACGCGAAUAAUGAAAAGAUUCGCUCCAACCGGCGCCUUCGAUUUCUUUACUUAUGCUGAGUUGCUGUACUGGUUUGUUUUUGUCAUGGUUUUCAACCCUUUCCGCUGGAAGUGGGCUGCUUUUGUGUUCUUUGGGCUAGGAAGGGUGCUCCCAAUGGCUGUUGUGGACAAGGAAGAUGAUGCGAGGGAACUUUUAGGGGCUGAUUCGCGGUCAUCCGUUAGUGGCAACUAG